UUCCAAGAAACCCCCUUCCCCCUUUUCAAUCAAGAUUUUACCAAAUUAUUCAUCAAUGGCAGCAGCUAAUCCUUCUUCUUCUUCUUCUUCUUCGUCUUCUCCCCAGACACUUCACCGUUGUCUCACUAAUCCUCAACGCCUGCAUCGUCCUUGUUUGUUCAAAGUACCCUUUACUUCCCAUGAUCGUAAAUUGCUAUCUGUUCGUUGUCAAAUCCCCAAGUUUGAACCCAAAAGAUCGGCGCUCAAUUCUGAUGUUACAGAAACCACAUCUUCUUCCUCAUCCAGCAUCGAUUUCCUCACCUUGUGCCAUAGCCUUAAGACCACAAAAAGGAAGGGAUGGAUCAAUCAUGGAAUUAAGGGUCCUGAGUCCAUUGCUGAUCAUAUGUAUCGCAUGGCAUUGAUGGCUUUAAUCGUUGGUGAUCUUCCUGGUGUUAACAGGGAAAGGUGUAUCAAGAUUGCAAUUGUGCAUGAUAUUGCAGAAGCUAUCGUGGGAGAUAUAACACCGUCUGAUGGCAUACCUAAAGUAGAAAAGAGUAGACUUGAGCAAGCAGCUUUAAAGGAAAUGUGCAACGUUCUUGGUGGUGGGAUGAGGGCUGAAGAAAUCCAAGAACUCUGGCGAGAAUAUGAGGAUAAUGCUUCCCUUGAGGCUAAUCUCGUGAAAGAUUUUGACAAAGUUGAGAUGAUUCUGCAAGCACUGGAGUAUGAAACAGAACACGACAAAGUCUUGGACGAAUUUUUUCUCUCGACAGCUGGGAAGUUUCAAACCGAAAUCGGCAAGAGUUGGGCUGCUGAGGUCAUUGCCAGAAGAAAUUCAAGGUUGGCAAAGAAACUAAACUAAUCAGAGGUUUUCCCUUUUGCGGCCAAGAACCAUCAUCCUUUGAUUUGAUUCAAUCUUUAUUUAAGCACCCUUAAUGCUGACUUGGUCUAUCAGCUUGGCAUCCUGCUAUUAUCCCAAAGUUGUUUCAAGAUAUUUAGAGUUUUGAAGCGACUUCUUGUAACACAUUAAGCAACUUGGUCUCUAGUUUUGGCAAAAUACAUGGGCUUUUUGACUUUUUAGGAUCAAUAUGGUUUUCU